UGUUUUCAUUUUGACGAUCCUUUUUGAAAACAAAUGUUAUAUGUGUUUCUUCUCCUGGAUUGUGACUUUAUAUUAAUAAUCUAAUCUUUAAUUUGGGACACCAAACGAUAACUUACAAUAUCAAUCGAAGGAAUGUGUAUUACGCAGGAAAAAUUCAUCAAGAAGAACUAUGUAAAUUAAUUGUUUGGAGCCUUACCACCAAGUUCUCUAGCAACAGAAAAAAAUGGCUACAGCAUGAAGACAACUAAGAAAUCACCAGAAGCUGGAUCUUCUCCUCCAGUCAAACAGUUGCUUAAUGAACCAGAGACUGUCACCACCAUAAACACCACUGGGUAUGAACUUGACAAUGUUGCUUGUCUGAGUGAUGAAGAAAUAUGGACAAGUGGAAAUGACAACACCAUGAAACUCUACAGCAUGAAUCAGGGAUCACUACUCAAGUCAAUCACAACCAAGUCAGGGAAGUGGCCAUCUGACAUAGUAGUGACAAAAAGUGGAGAUCUAGUUUAUACUGAUACCAUAGAAAGAACUGUGAACAUUAUGAAGAACGAGAAGAUAGAGGAGGUGAUUAGACUACAGAACUGGGGACCUAAAGGUGUCUGUGGUACCUCCUCUGGUGACCUCCUGGUUAUCAUGGACAGUGAUGAUUGCAAAACAAAAGUUGUUUGUUACUCAGGCUCCACAGAGAAACACACCAUUCUGUUCGAUGAUGAAGGUAAACCUCUCUAUCCUUUUAAUAGCUUUAAAAGAUAUAUAACUGAGAACAGGAACCUGGAUAUCUGUGUGUCUGACUUGGGAGGGAAAGCAGUAGUGGUGGUCAAUCAGGCCGGGAAACUGAGAUUCAGGUACACUGGACGUACUCCUGCUCUAAAGAACGAACCAUUCAAUCCAAUAGGAAUCAUCACAGACAGUCAGAGUCACAUCCUUACAGCUGAUUAUGGCAAUGCCUGUGUCCACAUUAUAGACCAGGAUGGACAGUUCCUCCGUUACAUAUACUGUGGACUGAGUGAUCCCUGGGGACUGUGUACAGAUACAAAUGAUAAUCUGUUUGUUGCUCAGUAUACAAAGAAACAAGUAAAGAAAAUCAAAUAUCUGCAGUGAAAUCUGUGACCAUUAUUAUAUUGAACAGGACAAUGUUUUGUUUAUAAAACUGUAUCAUUAAUUAUAAUUUACUCAAAGAUAAUGAUAACCUUUUCCACAAAAGAAACAUAAUAUAAAGCAGUGAAGAGGUUAAGAUCUGUAAAGCUCUUUUAAAAUUAAAAUCUCUGCAUUAUAAUUGUAUAGGUAAAGAGAAAUUGAUGUACUUGUAAUAUAACAAAUAAAUUGCUUGUACAGUC